CUGCGACAGAGUUUGGUCAGUCGGUCGGUGUCGUCGCCAGCUGCCGCAUCGCGCGUCAAGGUUCCUCCUCCGGGGGUCUAUCCCGAUCGCGAGAAACAACCGGCCCGAGGAAUUCACUUUCUGUCAAGAUCCCGCUCCUGUCGCACCCCCGGAGAAAGGAAGAGAGGCAAGGGGGUGGUGAACACAUGGUGCGUACGACGGGGUGGACGAGCGGCCCACGAGGGAUGAUGUGAUGCGAACGCGAUACAGCAUGAAGGCAACAUGUUCCUGCCAGCGCUGUCAGUGUUGUCGGAGCGGAGGUUGCUGCAAUAACCGGGCGUUCUCCGAUGAUCAUUCUGAGAGACCAGCACCUAUUGAUACGUGCACGUCCCACUUUCCUCAAGUAACCAUCCCGCGGAUCAUGAAGAUAUCCUCCGUCAAGACGCUCACGUGGACCUUCUACUUGUCCACCUUAUUAUUCCUACCGAGAACAAAUGCUCUGGAAGAGAACUGCACGGAUUUUCAGGGCGGCACUGUCAGACACGGCCUCCUCUACGUGCCAGGACCUGCGGUCUGCAGUCUCUGCGUAUGUUAUCAUUCCGAGCCGAUGUGGUGCCAGGCGAUCUACUGUACGCCGCCGUAUAAAUGCAAGAAGUUCCGCGUGGGCGAGCGCUGCUGCGAGUUCGAGUGCCUGGACGACAGCGACGACUGGAGUGGCCCGGACGUGUACAACGUUUACGCCGCGGCGUCGUCGACGGACCUGAAGCAGAAUCCGAUGGUCCUCUUCUUCCUCGGACUGUUUGCGCUGCUGAUGGUGCCCUAGUGCUCACGACCUGGCCCGAGGUGGAGGAGAUCCGUCGCGAACCUUGCAGACCUCGCCCUCGUCAGGAAAAUUCGUCCGUUGUUAGUGAUAUCAGUGAUCCGACGGUGAUGACGACAGAUACGAUGACGAUGAUUGUGCACGAGAAAUCAGAGAUUCCCGGAGACGAGUUUGAUCGACUCAUCCCCCGCACGAUUACGUCAUUAAAUGGCAAAAUGGACGUCAUUUUGACGUCGUGACGUUAUUAGAAAUCAUUUUGACGUUUAAUGACGUCAUUAGACAUCAUUUUAACGUCGUGACGUCAUUAGACAUCAUUUUGACGUUUAAUGACGUCAUAAAUCAUUUUGAUGUUUAAUG